GAAAAGGUCAGAUUUUACUGGCUGAUGACUAUCACGACUCCUUGCCGUGACUGAGAGCGGCAUUGUCACGAACAAGAUUUCAGAGGGAAACUGUGCAUUUCUUCACUGACGUCGUAUUCUGUGAAUACUGAAGCCAAGAAAUGAUGAAGGAUCUUCUGCUUAUUCAUUUGUUCAUGGUGUUUGCCGAUGUACAUGGAGCUCUUCAGCUGGCCCCUGUGUUCGGCAGUCACAUGGUCCUGCAGCGUGCCCCGAAGAGCGCCGUCAUCUGGGGCACGGCCACCACAGAAGGUGACAGGGUCACUGCACACGUCACUGGCCCGGGGGUGAACAUCGCCCCAGUCGUCGCCACGGUCUCUCGCGGCGCCUGGAAACUCAAACUUCACCCUGUGGCCGAGCACGGACCCUUCACCAUCAGCUUCACUUCCCGUGAGGGUAACGUCACCCUGACCGACGUGCUGUUUGGUGACGUGUGGCUGUGUUCCGGUCAGAGCAACAUGGGCUUUUGGAUGAGCAAUAUCAUCAACAGCACCGCCGAGCUCCAGAACGCUCACAAUUUUCCUAACAUCCGGGUCUUCAAGGUGGCGAUGACCGAAUCGUUUACUCCACAAACUUCCCUGACCUUGAACAUUCCCUGGACAGGCCCACAAAACACCAGAGCUAUGGGAGGGUUUUCUGCCGUGUGCUGGCUGUUCGCCGAGUACCUGUACCCUCAUCUCAACUACCCCAUCGGUCUGAUCGAAUCGGCAUACGGGGGAACCCCCAUCGAGGCCUGGUCUCCCCCUGAAGCCAUCAAAGACUGCGCUUCCAUCGCAAAACGAGGCCCAGGCAAUGAUUCAGUAUUGUGGAAUGCCAUGUUGAACCCUAUUUUGGGCACUACAUUUCUGGGAGCCUUGUGGUAUCAAGGUGAGUCCAACGCCAACCAUGCUUCGAAGUAUUCGUGCCAAAUAAAAGCCCUGGUUACCCGAUGGCGGUCACUGUUCAGCCAGCACUCUAUGGGCGAAACUGAAGCCAACUUCCCUUUUGGCUAUGUACAGCUGGCAGGCUACUCCCCGGGGGACAGCGUUGGCCAGUUUCCAGCUCUGAGGUGGGCACAGACAGCAGGGUACGGGUACAGUCCUAACCCCGCCCUACCCCGGACUUUCAUGGCCGUGGCCAUGGACCUGCCUGACUUCAGUUCACCGUCUGGACCGAUCCAUCCACGCUUCAAGCAGGACGUGUCACAGAGGCUGAUGCUGGGCGCCCUGAAUGUGGCCUACGGUCACAGUGAUGUGGUCUUCCAGGGUCCCUUCCCCAGCAAGUUCCAGCUUGACACAGCGCACCACACACUCACCAUUGAGUACAACGGAGGACGAACCCCUCUAGAGAUCAGGAAUAAUACAGGCUUUGAAGUCUGCUGUAGCCCAGCAGCUGCUACCAAGUGCACUGAGGGACACGACACGUGGCAUGCUGCGCCAAUCACGCCUCACGACGCAAGUCACGUGACUGUGUCGACCUCGGGCUGUGGGACCAACAAGGCGACAGGACUGCGAUACGCGUGGCGGACCAGUCCGUGUCUCUACAAACACUGCGCCGUCUAUGGUGCUGGGUCUGGUCUACCUGCUCCCCCUUACUUAACUCACACCCUCCCCCUGUAACACACAUGGUGUGUGAACUAUAACCUUAACCUUCGUGGACUUAAAUGUACAAUGGUGACAUCACAAUGACUAGGUACUGACAGUUGAUAAAUAUACUUUCAGACCGUU